ACUCUUCCUCCACAGCGACGACGAGUUUGUGGCCAGUGGACACCGACCGUAGGUUGCGUCUGGUGGAGGGAGAGUGAGCGGGGCUGCCCUGCGUGGACUGACAGAAGGGGGAUUUACAUUUGAACGGGUCUCGUGCUCCGUAAAGACUACAAGGUGCACGGUGUAAACUCUACUGUUCUUCCGCUGGAUUUGUGUUUAUGUUGGGGCUUUAAUCAUGUCCAUGUGUCACCGUCGACGGAGGAUUGAACUUGCCAGCAGUCUAUAUUUGCCGAGGAGGGAAACCAAUACAAGGUCUCGCUGUCUCGCUGGAGCGGAGUAUUAUUAGCAGACAGUGCAACUGUCGCUCUCUGGUCAUGCACCGCAGCUACACGAUUAUGACGGUAUCAUAAUUUACAAGCAAAACACAAAAGUGUAAGGUUAAGAACAGAUUGUGUGCUGAGCAAAAGAUAAACCUCCCCCUGGCUCCCAUGCUGGCUGCAAGAAAUCCUCCCCUCCACACCCUCAGCCAUGCCUGCUACUACCAAACCCUCCAGGAGAAAGACACCUGCUCAGAGAAAAGCUGCCCAGAAAGUGAUCAGCACCAAGAGGCAAACCUCUAACUCUAAUAAACCCAGAGGAAGAGCCACAGAGAGGCCCCAGAAAACACCUGCGGAACCCAAAAGGUCAACAACCAGGGCCCAGGCACAGUCAGGCCGAAGACCCCGUGGAAGAGGGGUUAGCGGGCCUGCUACUGAGAGCCCUGGGAGGUCUCCUGGCAGAGUUAACCAUGCCCUAAAUGUAAAAGAAUCUGCAAGGCUUGGACGGCAGAGCAAUCCGCCUGACCACAGCAGCGAGUUACAAGACCCCCCGGGGCGAAGGAAGUCUCUGCGGGGCACCCGGGUGCCUGUUACUCCCUACCAGCCUAAACCUUGCAGAGGAGGGAGAAACAGCAGGGGGGGCGCAGGGAGGCGAGCAGCAUCACAGCAAGGAAACACAAGAAACAAGCCCUUGAGCACCAGCAUCAAUGAAUCAACUCCUGAAGAGAGAAUUGAGAGUCUGGCCGUCAGUGACGCUGAAGAAAAACUUGCAGUUUCUCUAAAAACUGAUGCUGAAGUUCCUGCAAAUAUCAAAGAUCAGAGUUUAGGAGGCAACAAUGCUAAAGAUGGCAGCCCUCUUAAAGCAGAUUCCCCGCCGUCUAAUGACCUACUGGAAGACUGUGUGCAGGGCAGCUGUGACAGUACUACAACCCAGCAAGACAAAAAGGCUGUCAGUCAUAACAGUGACGGUGACCUGAGGUGUGUGACUGCGGUGUGUGGCGAUGUUGAUGGACAUCUUAAACUCUGCAGUGACAGAAGUAAAGAUAGCCCCUUUGCGCUUACAAGAAUCUGCUCACCAGAAGUACAGAGCAACAGGAAGAGAAACAAGAGUUUAUCUAUCCUUGGAAAUAAGCUUGAUCAUCUUGGCUGUGAUGGUAAGCAAGAUGAUAUAUGUACAGUCCACCAAGAGGAAGGUAGCAAGUUGGACUUAAAAGAAAAUAGGACAGAUGAAAGAGAGAUAGUCACAACUGAGACAAAAGAGAAAAUACAUCAUGAGAGAGGAGAGAGUUUCAAGGGAGACAAUGCAGUUGAGACUGUGGAAGACAUGGAGAACAUGGAGGACAUGGCUGAGAGGCUGGCAAAUUGUGAUGGAGAGAAAAAAGAAAAGGAGAAUGAUUUUUCUAUCAAUCCUGACGGCCCCCUCCCCAGCACUCCAGCCUUUCAAUCUCCAGAUCCACCUCACUCUAACAAUGGACUGACAGAACUGUCAGAAUCACCUGUAAAUGUGCUGUCAGUGUCCAACACAGCUACCUCAAAUCCCACCAAAGCCCCCUCCACCUCAGAGGCAGUUAAGCCAGAGGGUCUGAGCCAGGGUAAGACAGACAUGCUACCUGCCAUUCAUGGUGCUAAACCUCAGUUCACAGGGUCCUCAGCUGUUGCUGAAACUGCCCUGAUGGUGCAGACUGUUCUUGUAAAAAGAAAUACACCGGUUAUUAUCCGUACUGACUGCUUCAAACCCAGAAUUGUGAGGGAUUCAAGUCAGGGGGAACCACACCAACUGCAGAGCCUAGCCAUCCUUUCUCCUCUGGAAGAGAAAAAAGCUUGCACACCAGCAGAGACGCAGACCAAAGAUAGUGAAUCCAAUCCAGAGCCAUUGGAGGGCCACAGCCAGAGAGAGACAUCUUCCCUGUCACUAUCACUCGCUCCUCAGUUCAGCACAGAUGUUCUUGCAGCCGAGUGUGAACCAAACCUCAGCGAGGACAGCGCUGUGGUAGCAGAGCAAAACUCGGUGCCAAAGAUCUCAACUACUUCUCCGGACAGUAGCUACACUUUCUCCUGCAGCUCAGAAAGCACACGGUCCUCUUUUUCUUUUGACACUGAAUCGGAGGCAGGGUAUGGAGAGCCUGGCCCCUCUACACUUCCCAUAUCCUGGGGGCCAGAGGGGGCCUGUUUGCCCUCCUGGACCACUCCGAAACAACAGAAGAAGGAGAGGAAGAAGCGGAGUAGGUGUGGGAUGUGCGAGCCAUGCCUGAGGAAGAUCAGCUGUGGCCAGUGCAGUUGCUGCCUCAACCGCAGCACUGGCCACCAGAUCUGUAAGCUGAGGAAGUGUGUGGAUCUGAGGAGGAGAAGAACUUCUCAGCUCGCUCCCUCUGCCGCACAGGUGGUUCCAGAAAGUGGGUCGGUAAAUGGCAAAGCCAAAGCGCAGAUGGAAGACACCAACACGGAAGCAGAGGAGGAUGAAGGGGAGGAAGGCCACAUACCUCAUACACAAGCUCCCACCAUCACCCACAAACCGGCCUCGGACCAAGGCGGACAGCCAUCAUCAGUUGUCAAAAGAGAGUCCGGGCUGGAGCUGACCAGCAAUGCACCUCACCAGCAUGUAUGCUCUUCUGUGAAUUUUCAGAAUGGUUCUGCUGAGAACCUGACAAAACCUAACGGUGCUAAUAUGACCACUGGGUCACACUCUGACCUGAAGUCUGCUUUCAAAUGGACUACUAAUGCAUCAGAGCCUCAAAGGACUAUAAUUGCUACAACUCCUAAAGACUGCCCUAAGAAUGAACCCAAGACUUCUCCGGACAACAUGUCAGUUCCACUAAAGAAGAUCAAACUAGAAGACCCGUGGAUGUGGAUCCCUGAACAGCCCACCAAACAGCUGAGCGAUGAAGACGAGGUCUGCGAAGACCCGCUGUCCACGCUGGCGGCCGUGGUGUGUCUUUCUGUCACAGAGAGAAAAGGACUGGAGGAGAAACUUUUCAGCUCACGGUCCUCCAUUCUUUGCUCCAUCAAAACAGAGCGACCAGAUUUGUACUUUCUCAAAAAAGAGCCAGAGGACUUACAGAAUGACUUGUUUCAGAAAAGCACUCCUGUUUGCCUGCAAAGGAAUCCGCAAUACAUUAAAAGUGAACCUACUCAAGGUGUCUUGCAACAGAGCGUGCAGUCUUUGGCAGAGAGAAGAAAUCUUAGUUUUGAUCAGGCUAUUGCUAUUGAGGCCUUGACUCAACUGGCAGCUAUACCUCAGAGCCCCGCAGGGUCCAUUAAAACUGAACGUGUGUGUGAACAUAGCACUUCCAACACAAAUACAACCCUGCAAGACGUCAAACACACACCAGCUAUUCGCUACAACAAAGUGUCGGUCAUCAGCUCGCCACUGCACCAGACAUCAGUCAUACGCCCUCCUGUGGCCAGACAAGGAAACGUCAUCCAGUGCUCCCAGGGGUCUAACGCGAAGCUGUAUCUGCACGAUCUCUUAGAAGCUAGCUCAGACAGAGAUAAAGCACCCUGUAGGAAGACAGAGCCGGGCUUUGGUUCUCAUGUCAUCAAGUCGGAAUGCAGCUAUAAAUAUCCCAAUGACAUGAGAGUCAGUAAAGAUCAUGAGCGAUUGUUCGCGGAGGACAGAGAAAGAGUUGUUGGUAAAGCGAGGAGGAACAGAGAGGAGGAAGAGGAGGUGGCAGCUCAGCUGGCAGACCUGGCCUUCAUCAUCCAGUCUCGACACAACCAGCACUCGGAGAAAAACCCUCAGAAAGGAACACCUGUGUCAGCCAUCAAAUACAACUACAACUCCCAGAUAUCCCCCAGUCAGAAAAAGACCCCCGUGAAAAAAACAAGAGCAACGCCUUCCAAGCCCAGGAAGAAAAAAAAUGAUGGGCCUAAUGAGGGAAUCAACUGCCGGACCCCCCUCUCAAAACGCACGCCAAAUGGAGAGACUUCUAGGGGGAGAGGCCAGAAGAUUCAGGGGAAACCAGUCCUUCACCACAAGAGGAACCUGUUUCUGCCUCAGGCUCAAAUCGACCUGAACAGAUACUUGGCUGAGGCUCAGGAGGAAAGGAGGCAACUCAUCCAUCACAGUAACACACACAGUGCAGCCCACCUCGGGCUGCAGACUCACAACUACAGCCCUCUCACAAGGGUUAACAACACCGGUCCAGAACACCACCCAUGGUCACUUUCUAACGGUCCACUCCACCAACACAAUCCAUGCAACGGUCAUGCUGGGCUGGACUAUGAAAGGCAUUUGUUUUCUCAGGGAGUGCAUCACGGUGCUGAUCCGAACACCAGCGCUGCCAAUAACCCUUUCCUGAGCAACUCAUCUGGAAACCAUGGACUAUCCAAUGGCUUCUCGGGGGGCCGGCAGUCCCCUCCUCCGAGCCAACAGGGCUACUACAAGCUGGAGAGGGCAGGACCUGUCACUAUCCUGUCCACUAGUACUGACGGGGUUCAGAGCCAGUCUGAAGAAACAACUCCUUCCAAGAAUAACGUCAACAGCUUCCUGGAGUCUCCUAUGAGUUUUUUAGAUACCCCUACCAAGAACUUGCUAAAUACACCUUCCAAAAAACUUGCUGAUCUUCCAUCCUGUGAAUGUGUGGAACAGAUCAUUGAAAAGGAGGAAGGCCCUUACUAUACUCACCUUGGGGCAGGGCCUACUGUUCCUGCAGUGAGGGAACUGAUGGAGAACAGAUAUGGUGCCAAAGGAAAUGCAGUCAGGUUGGAAGUUGUUGUUUACACUGGGAAAGAAGGAAAGAGCUCCCAGGGGUGUCCAAUAGCAAAAUGGGUGGUCCGGCGUAGCAGUGAACAGGAGAAGCUGCUGUGUUUGGUCCGCCGGAGGCCGGGGCAUUACUGUGAAACGGCCGUGUUGGUGAUCCUCAUCCUGGCGUGGGAGGGAAUUGCUCGGCCGGUGGCAGACAAUCUCUACCAGGAGCUCACAAAGUCCCUCUUUAAAUACGGCUCCCCCACCAGCCGCCGCUGCGCCCUCAAUGAGGAUCGAACAUGUGCCUGCCAGGGUUUGGACCAGGACACAUGCGGAGCUUCAUUUUCUUUCGGCUGCUCCUGGAGUAUGUACUUCAAUGGCUGUAAGUUUGCCCGCAGCAAGGUUCCGCGCAAGUUCCGCCUGCUUGGAGACGACCGGGAUGAGGAGGAGAAGAUAGAGAGCAACCUGCAGAAUCUCGCCUCUGACCUUGCACCCCUCUACAAAAGACUGGCUCCGGAGGCCUUCCAAAACCAGGUGGAGAAUGAGUCGGCAGGGAAUGACUGCCGUCUGGGUCGGAACGAGGGUCGUCCCUUCUCUGGGGUCACAGCCUGUGUGGAUUUCUGUGCCCAUGCUCACAAGGACACUCACAACAUGAAUAACGGCAGCACUGUGGUUUGCACUUUAACCAAGGAAGAUAACCGGGCAGUGCCUAACAUACCAGAAGAUGAGCAGCUCCAUGUUCUGCCACUUUACAGAGUCUCCGCAAGGGACGAGUUUGGUCAGGUUGAGGGUCAGUGGGCCAAGAUGCGGAGCGGUGCUCUGCAAGUUCUGUCCGCCUUUCCCAGAGAAGUGCGUCUCCUGGCUGAGCCAGUGAAAUCAGCCCGUAAGAUCAGGCAAGAAGCUCGUCUGAAGGCCCAAGCAGGGAAGCUGGAGAAGAAGCUCGGGCUGACUCCCCAAACUCCUGGGAAAGUGAAGAACGACACCCCCAGCAAAGAGCCACAGCGCUUCUCCAGCCCGUACAGACUGCCCACUAGGCCUGCCAGCGAUGGACGGUACCCACAGGAGAGGAAUCAACCCGGCACUUACAACCAGAGCACCAGCAGCUACCCCACCUCGGGUGCAGGGGUCACCCCACAGAAGGAGGUAAUCCCCCCCAACCGCCAUGGCCUGCCUGGUGGCCAGUUUGGACGGAAUGGCUCAGCUGUUAAUUAUAAAACAGUGAGUGAUGCUGUGAAUGGUUAUUCUUCAGCAUCUGGUGGCCAGAGUGUACAUAUACCUCCACAUAAUACCCUUAGUGGCUUCCCCCAUGGUUUUAAAACUGAGCCAAACGAGGUGCACUGCUCUCCUCUGCGCAGACCCUCCCCCAGUGGGAGUGCUCCUCCUCCCCCCUCCUUCUCCCCCAGACCUACCUCUGAGGGCCUCUUCAGCAGGCUCAAUGGACUCCACAGGGCUGCUGGAGAUGUCACUGCAGAGUUCAGGGGUCAUGGCUUUCCUCCACUCUCUUCUCUCCCCCUUCCCCCACAGACUCCCCCGCCUGAACCAGAGGAAUUGAAGCAGGAAGAGGUGUGGUCAGACAGCGAGCACAACUUCCUGGACCGUGACAUAGGCGGAGUCGCGGUGGCACCGGCACACGGCUCCAUCCUGAUAGAGUGUGCGCGGCGGGAGCUCCACGCCACCACCCCAAUCCUCAGGCCCGACCGCAGCCACCCCACACGCAUCUCCCUGGUCUUCUACCAGCACAAGUCUCUGAAUGAACCAGGGCACGGGAUGGCUAUGUGGGAUGCAAAGAUGGCCAAGCGGGAGAGGGAGCGGGAGGAGGAGGCCGAGAGAUUAAGGAUGGAGGAAUGUCUGGGGAAUAACGGAAAAGGAGGUGUGGAGCAAGAGGAAGGAACAGGGGAGGAUGCACAGGGGACAAGGAGGACAAUGCAUGUCCCCACACGACAAGCUUGGACUCUCCCGAGGGAUGGUGUUGUCACCGUGUCCCCUUAUGCUCUUACCCAAGUGACGGGCCCCUACAAUCGCUGGACUUAGUUGACAUGUUUUACACACACAAACACACACACACACACACACAUACACACACACACACACACACACACACACACACACACACACACACACACACACAAAUAAACUUCUACACCCUGUGCUUCUGCCUUACCUCAUUCAACUUCAAACUGCUACUCUCAUUUUUUAAAGUUGUUUUCAUUGUGCUUUUCUAGAGUCUGUUUGUUGACUUUGCCCUUCUUGGUCUCUGCUUUCAAAGUGAUGAGGAAGACCAAAGUUGGUUGGCUUUUUUAACUGUGAGUUUCUGUAUUUUUAUUGUAAAGAGAUGGUGCUUUGAAGCAUUUUUAAGACGUUUUUAAACUGGUUUUAUAUACAUGAUUAAGAACAAAAAAUAUGUGAUUAUUUAUUCUUAUCAUAACGAUUUCUAUUUAAUUCCUGGUGCAAGCCUGUUUACUGCAAGAUUUCUAUGAUAACCUGCAUUGUGUUUUCAGAAUUCACGUUGUACAGUAGGAAUUUGCUCUUUUUUUUAGCCAAUAGUUCGCUUUUCAUAAGAUGAAUCUCAUUGGCUUCUAAGUUGGUGCCAUUCUCACUGUAAAACCUGCUUAACACCAUAACAUCACAUAAUGUAGAAACAGGACUAAUAUUGUGCUUAUAGUAACUACAGAUUGUCACAUGUAGCAUCAUGCUUGACCUUCUGCUGCCUCUGACUUCAGGCGGCAGUCGACGAAAGAAAUGUUCUUCUUUGUUGAUUUGUUUUCUUUAUGUCUGGAUGUUUUUCUUUUUAUUCACAGAUUUGUAUGGCAUAUUAAGAAGCACUUUUUUAUUUUUUUAAACUUAACUUGAAAAGGUCCCAAUCUUUAGGCCUAAAUAUGUAUGUACAGAUAGAGAUAUAUGACAGUUUAGCAUGAUCCUGGUUUUAUCUUUACAGUAUUUUUCAUUUACAAUUUGUUGAAAAUGGCCUACAUAUCUAAGGAAAUGUUAAACUUGACAUACUGAGGAAUCGCGAAAUGCUGCAACAGUAAGGUGCUUACCAUUAUUAGCACUUAACUUAUUUUCACCUUCUGGAAAAUUAUAGGAUUUCAAAAACGUACUUGAUGGUGCUUAUAAGACCUACUUAUUCAUUAAGUGUUUGAUAUGUCGCCGUUUUUUAUGUCCAUAAUCAUGUACAACAGUGUCUGAAUAAUCAAUCUAUUGUUCUCUUCCGCUCUGCUUUUGUUGGAAAACCACUCAAACAUCAGAUUCCACUCAGACUAGAAGACGGUUUUUGGUGCUCGACCUUUGUGAAAACUUUGUUUUCAGAGAGCUUUUCCUUACAGGGUCAAAAUAAGGGGGUUAGUGUCAACUCCUGGUGAAUCAGGAUCUUUUUUAUUACCGGUGAAACAGAAGCUAUUUGUUUUUAAAACCCAGCAAUUAAAUUAUAGCACAAGAGAUAAUGACCUUUCACUGAUAUUCACACUGACACUGGUAUAAUGUUUCUUGAGAAACUUGUUGGUCUUUCAAACACUUUUACUUCCUUUUGGUGCUAAUAGGACAACAUUGACUUGACAUGGUUAUAUACUGUACAUUGGUGUAAUGGUGCUUUUAUACAACUCUACACUGAUCUGAUGUAUGUUUCAAUACAAAGGUAGUUUUUUUAUUUUUCGGACAGACGGAGAUGCAUUUCUAUCUCCACCAUUGAUCAUGAUACUUUUUAAUUAUCAGUGAAAAAAAUUGAAUAAUUGUGCCGAUUUUCCUCUAGCCCUCAAAUGUCUUCCACUCAUAACCAAAAUCUGCAACAAUUUAAAAAAAUCACAACACACACACACAAAGUGAAAUGAAUGUAAACAGUUCUUAAAUCAGUGGAUUUAAAAAUGUUGAACCCAACAUGACAAAGUUACACUUGUAAACGUUUUUGACUGACUGUGGGGACGUUCUCAAUCCACAUUGAAAGUAUUUGUAUCAACAAGGAACUAACAACUAGCACCAGCAUUAAAACAUCUUUAAAAAAACGUUUAUUAGUAGAAAAUGUGUAAAUAUGUUUUGUGAACCAUAUUGUUCUUACUGUACUGUUAAUGGUGUUUAGAUAAUGGAUGCUCUUGCUUAUUUUAAAACUGAAUUACUGUACGAUGCUGAAAGUAUAUCCAGUUUAGACUUGAGAAGAGGCUACAUUUAGCAUUCCUUAUAUGGAUGGCUGAUCUCUUUUUGGGAUUGUGAAAUAAAGUCAUAUUUAUAUUUUGGACCUGA